AUGACAAAAAGACAUCAUGAAGGACCAGAACAUUCCUCUUUGUCAAAAUCUCAUAAAAAAAAACGUAUAAAUUCUUUUCCCGAUUUAUCUAACAAUCCUGAUAAUAACGAAUUCAAUAUUUUACAAGGCUAUCGUACAAUUGAUAAUGAUGUUGAUAAGCAGAAAGUUGAUUCAACUCGAAAUGCAGAUAUCAAUAUUGCAGUUACUAAAUUGAAUGAUAUUGACUCUUUGUUCAAUAAAACAGUUGGUAUUCAAGCUAACAGAAAUUCAUUAUUAGCAUAUGAUUCAAGAGCUAUGUUAAAUGUUUCGGAAUUAGCUCAAAUUAGUAUUCGUAGCUUAAAAUUAAAUGAAAGUAAAAAAUUGCUUAAUUGUGAUGACGUGGUUAACAGUAUGAAAAAGUGGAUGUUGGAAGAAUAUUUAAAAGACAAUAAUAUUGAGGUUGAGGAUGAUGACAGUGAGGAUUUAUCUGAUCACGAGCAAAACCAUGAGGAAGAUUACACCCAAGAUCAAUUUGAUGAAGCAUCUGGUGGCAAUAACGAUACUAAAAAAAUUACCCAAAGAGAAAAAAAAAGAACCGCUUUAGCCAAGUAUGAAUCUUUUACAGAUUUCUUUCACUUUAAUUGGUACAAAUUGGGUUGUUUAUAUAAACAAGUUAGUUUGAAACCAAACUUGGUAGAACACAUGUUAGGUCCAUUAGAUGUGGAAAGAAAGAAGAGAGUUUACACCGCCAAGACUAAAAGCGAUGUUUCCAAUAGUAAAUCAACCACUGCUGAAAAAAUUACUAAUGAAACGUUAAACGACUCGGUUUCUACCACGACCCCAGAACAAGUUAAGCUUUGUUUUAAGAUAUUAAAACAGAAAAUGGGUUAUAAAUCAAUUAAUCUAUUCAAAUUUAUCAUUGAUCCGGAAUCAUUUAGUAAUAGUGUGGAAAACAUGUUUUACAUUAGCUUUCUCAUAAAAGACGGUCGACUAGUUAUGGAAACGGAUCCUGAUGAUGGUUUUCCAACAAUUAGACUAAUUGACCGAUUACCAAAAGAUUCACAUGCUAGGGAAACUGAAAUACAAAGGAGAAUAGAGAUGCCAUUGAAUCAUAUUAUUUUCCAAUUGGAUAUACCGACAUGGGAAAAAUUAAUUAAGUAUUUUGAUAUCAAAACAGCAUUCAUUAGAAGGUAA